AUGUCUCACCGCGAAGGCGAGUCAGCGCACAAUUUAGUUGCAGAUGGCGUGGCGUUUUACCGGGGACUUUUAAUGAAACAGCUUCAGCGAGAACGUGAAAUAAUGGAGCAACUAGACUGUGGCCAAGGUUCAGCGUCUGCGUCAACGUCGGAUUCCAGACGCAAACGACCGCCAAGUGCCUCAGAGGGGGAAAAUUCUCAGUUGCCCUUACAUGUUACGGACGAACUUACGGAGUCAUUGAAGCAAGAGUACCACGUUCUUCAACAGUCGCGCCAGAGAAUUGAAGCAUACCUAAGCUCGACCAGAGCGGCACAAUCAUUUGUACAGGAUCAGAUCUCGGCUUACUCAUCUGCAGAGAACGAAAUGUUGAAAGAAGCCAAGAAUGAAGUGGAAGAGUCCUCAGCUCCUGCCUCUUCUUGUAGUAAUUCAAGAAGGGGCAGUCGCAAGUCGUCUUUAGGAGCACCAUCUCGCGUUAUCACAUUCUCUUCGGGGUAUGUGAGCUCAGCGCUACCCAUUGAGUCGCUCCUUGGACAACUGCAGCUUCUCAGAGAGCCAAUUAUCCCAAAUGAGCCGCCGAUACCGGUUCCAGACAUCCAGGAAGUCGUUCAUUACCCUCCUCGCUCACUUGAAGUGGAACCCCCAUCGAAGCUUCUGUUAUUAACACCUCUCCCUUCUUCCGCGCAAGAAAAGUCUGAAGAAGAUGAAGUGAGAAACAAGUCGAGGAGAGCAAGAGAUUCAGGACAAUCAACCAAUGCUCGGUCAAAAUCCAAGCAAGACAGAGGCGGAGAAGAAGAUGGAUUACUUGCACGAUUGGCAGUGGAGCCAGGGUUCAUGAAGGUAGCAAGGUGGAUUUUGCAGCCUCAAAGCGAACAGAGGUUUCUCCUUAAGUGCUUUGUUGAUGAAGAGGGAGAGUUUGCGUGCACUCUUCACUUUUCUGUAGUUGGCGACCCCGAAAUAUUUCGGCUUGAAACAAAGGCCACCUGUUCUGUACCGAGGCUUCUGAAUUUUCCCGAAGGAUUAUUUGAGCGUAGUGUGCAAGAGAGGCCAGCUGAUUGUGGUUUGAAGAAGACAUACAUAAGCGACGAGGUGAAUAUGCACUUCGGCCUGCUCAAAGAGAUUUUGAGAAUCACGCCUCCACCUAAAUUUCAGCCAGCCCAGUCACUGCUGCAAGUGUUUGUGGCAAGACCGAAUUUCUUGCACCAUGGUGCUGAAUGA